CCAUCGCUGAGAUCAUCAUCUGAUCCCCGAAGACAAUCACUGGACACGAGUGACUCAUGUGGACACAAUAUGGAGAACGAAGAGUACGAAUCACUUCCGACCAGUGAUGUGAAGAUCCACAUGACUGCCGGUGCCAUCGCUGGUGUGAUGGAACACGUGGUGAUGUAUCCCUUGGAUUCAGUCAAAACACGAAUGCAAAGCCUGUAUCCAAACCCGAAGGCCUCGUAUCGUUCAGUACCGGAAGCGCUCUAUAAGAUGGUUAGACACGAAGGACUGCUGAGACCGAUAAGGGGUGUGUCGGCGGUAACGAUGGGCGCCGGACCCGCACACGCCCUCUACUUCUCAUGUUAUGAGAAAAUGAAGCGAGUUUUGAGCGGAUCCGAGACCGGCGCUCAUCAUCCCAUUGCCCAGGGCGGCGCCGGAUGUUUGGCCACUCUAUUACACGACGCUGUUAUGAAUCCGGCAGAAGUAGUGAAAGCACGGAUGCAAGUGUUCAACAGUCCCUAUAAGAGUGCUAUGAAUUGCUUUCUCGAUGUCUACCGGAGGGAAGGAUUGCGUGCUUUCUAUCGAAGUUAUAUGACAUCCAUAUCGAUGAAUAUUCCGACACAGAGUUUGCAUUUCAUUACCUAUGAGUUUAUGCAAGAGAUGACAAAUAGUGAGAGGAAUUAUAGCCCUAAAGCGCAUAUGAUGUCGGGUGCCAUCGCUGGUGGGUUCGCAGCAGCCGUCACAACGCCUUUGGAUGUCUGCAAAACACUUCUUAACACUCAGGAAAAGCAAACGUUGAAGACAUCGAAGCAGAACAGUGUGACGGGUCUGUGGAACGCCGCCACCACUAUCUAUAUGUGUUGUGGACCUAAGGGUUACUUUCAAGGACUUCAGGCCCGAGUGCUGUAUUCAAUGCCGGCCACCGCUAUCUCAUGGUCUGUCUAUGAAUUGUUCAAAUAUCUGAUGACAUCAAAAGAUGUUCAGAAAACUCACUCCAUCUCCAGUGCAACCCAUUUGCCUAACUUUGCCUCACAUUUAAACACAUCUGAAGCCAAAUGGGAUAAUAAAAGGGAUUCCGUGUUAGACACGUCUGUAACGCAUCCAAAUGUGAUCACAAGUACUGCAGAUAAUACACAGAAUCUGCUAAACACUUAG